GUAAACGGGGGAGCGGUGAGUGACGGAGGAAACUGCCCAAUAGCAGGAGGGGUUGGGCUGCCUAGGCCUAUAGGAAGUCUAUGAGGCGGGGCCGAGACUGCAGCAAGUUUGGUUGCGCGGAGACCGCAGCUGUUCCCUGUCAGUGGAGGCUAUCGCUUGGAGGCGGCGGCGACGACUUGCGGCGCCUGGGUAGAUAGCCUCUGCCUUCUGGAAAGCUGACAGCAUGCUCAGGAUGCUGAAGUUCCGCACAGUUCAUGGGGGCCUGCGGCUCCUGGGUGUCCGCCGAGCCUCCACUGCCCCCGCUGCCUCCCCAAAUGUCCGUCGCCUGGAGUACAAGCCCAUCAAGAAAGUCAUGGUGGCCAACAGAGGCGAGAUUGCCAUCCGUGUGUUCCGGGCUUGCACAGAGCUGGGCAUCCGCACCGUGGCCGUCUACUCCGAGCAGGACACGGGCCAGAUGCACCGGCAGAAAGCAGAUGAAGCCUACCUCAUCGGCCGCGGCCUCGCCCCCGUACAGGCCUACCUGCACAUCCCAGACAUCAUCAAGGUGGCCAAGGAGAACAACGUGGACGCAGUGCACCCCGGCUACGGAUUCCUCUCCGAGAGAGCAGACUUUGCCCAGGCCUGCCAAGAUGCGGGGGUCCGGUUUAUUGGGCCAAGUCCAGAGGUGGUCCGCAAGAUGGGAGACAAGGUGGAGGCCCGGGCCAUCGCCAUCGCUGCAGGUGUCCCUGUUGUCCCGGGCACAGACUCCCCCAUCAACUCCCUGCACGAGGCCCACGAGUUCUCCAACACCUAUGGCUUCCCUAUCAUCUUCAAGGCCGCCUAUGGUGGUGGAGGGCGUGGUAUGAGGGUCGUGCACAGCUAUGAGGAGCUGGAGGAGAAUUACACCCGGGCUUACUCAGAGGCACUGGCUGCCUUCGGGAACGGGGCACUGUUUGUGGAGAAGUUCAUCGAAAAGCCACGCCACAUUGAGGUGCAGAUCUUGGGGGACCAGUACGGGAACAUUCUGCACUUGUACGAGCGAGACUGUUCCAUCCAGAGGCGGCACCAGAAGGUGGUAGAGAUCGCCCCCGCUGCCCACCUAGACCCCCAGCUUCGGACGCGGCUCACCAGCGAUUCUGUCAAACUUGCUAAGCAGGUGGGCUACGAGAACGCAGGCACCGUGGAGUUCCUCGUGGACAAGCAUGGCAAGCACUACUUCAUUGAGGUCAAUUCCCGCCUGCAAGUGGAGCACACUGUCACCGAGGAGAUCACAGAUGUGGAUCUGGUCCACGCACAGAUCCACGUGGCGGAGGGCAGGAGCCUGCCCGACCUGGGCCUGCGGCAGGAGAACAUCCGCAUCAAUGGCUGCGCCAUCCAGUCCAGGGUCACCACGGAGGACCCCGCGCGCAGCUUCCAGCCAGACACAGGCCGCAUCGAGGUGUUCCGGAGUGGAGAGGGCAUGGGCAUCCGACUGGAUAAUGCAUCUGCCUUCCAGGGAGCCGUCAUCUCUCCCCACUAUGACUCCCUGCUGGUCAAAGUCAUUGCCCACGGCAAAGACCACCCCACGGCUGCCACCAAGAUGAGCAGAGCCCUCGCCGAGUUCCGUGUCCGUGGUGUGAAGACCAACAUCCCCUUCCUGCAGAAUGUGCUCAACAACCAGCAGUUCCUGGCGGGCACCGUGGACACCCAGUUUAUCGACGAGAACCCAGAGCUAUUCCAGCUGCGGCCCGCACAGAACCGGGCCCAGAAGCUGCUACACUACCUUGGACAUGUCAUGGUGAAUGGCCCAACCACCCCAAUCCCCGUUAAGGCCAGUCCUAACCCCACGGACCCUAUUGUCCCUGCAGUACCCAUAGGCCCACCCCCAGCUGGUUUCAGAGACAUCCUGCUGCGAGAAGGGCCUGAGGGCUUUGCUCGAGCUGUGAGGAACCACCAAGGGCUGCUGCUGAUGGACACGACCUUCAGGGAUGCCCACCAGUCACUGCUGGCUACUCGUGUGCGCACCCACGAUCUCAAAAAGAUUGCCCCUUAUGUUGCCCACAACUUCAGCAGGCUCUUCAGCAUGGAGAACUGGGGAGGAGCCACAUUUGAUGUCGCAAUGCGUUUCCUGUAUGAGUGCCCUUGGCGGCGGCUGCAGGAGCUCCGGGAGCUCAUCCCCAACAUCCCAUUCCAGAUGCUGCUGCGAGGGGCCAAUGCCGUGGGAUACACCAAUUACCCCGACAAUGUGGUCUUCAAGUUCUGUGAGGUGGCCAAGGAGAAUGGCAUGGAUGUCUUCCGGGUCUUCGACUCCCUCAACUACUUACCCAACAUGCUGCUGGGUAUGGAGGCAGCAGGCAAUGCUGGAGGUGUGGUGGAGGCCGCCAUCUCAUACACGGGGGAUGUGGCCGACCCCAGUCGUACCAAAUACUCGCUGCAGUACUACAUGGGCUUGGCAGAAGAGUUGGUGCGAGCCGGCACCCACAUCCUGUGCAUCAAGGACAUGGCAGGGCUGCUGAAGCCAGCGGCCUGCACCAUGCUGGUCAGCUCCCUUCGGGACCGCUUCCCUGACCUCCCGCUGCACAUCCAUACUCAUGACACGUCGGGGGCCGGCGUGGCAGUCCAUGUCUGGGAUGACGUCACAACCCAGCAUGGGGGCCCUGGUGGCGUGUACCAGAGGGACCCCCCUGGACACAGAGGUGCCCCUGGAGCGUGUGUUUGACUACAGUGAGUACUGGGAGGGGGCUCGGGGAUUGUAUGCGGCCUUUGACUGCACGGCCACCAUGAAGUCUGGCAACUCGGAUGUGUACGAGAAUGAGAUCCCAGGGGGCCAGUACACCAACCUGCAUUUCCAGGCCCAUAGUAUGGGGCUCGGCUCCAAGUUCAAGGAGGUCAAAAAGGCUUAUGUGGAGGCGAACCAGAUGCUGGGUGACCUCAUCAAGGUGACACCCUCCUCGAAGAUUGUGGGGGACCUGGCCCAGUUCAUGGUGCAAAACGGGUUGAGCCGGGCAGAGGCUGAAGCUCAGGCAGAAGAGCUAUCUUUCCCCCGCUCCGUGGUGGAGUUCCUGCAGGGCUACAUUGGCAUCCCUCACGGGGGCUUUCCUGAACCCCUUCGCUCUAAGGUGCUGAAGGAUCUGCCAAGAGUGGAGGGGCGGCCAGGAGCCUCCCUUCCUCCCCUUGAUCUAAAGGCGCUGGAGAAGGAGCUGAUAGAGCGGCAUGGGGAAGAGGUGACCCCCGAGGACGUGCUGUCAGCAGCCAUGUACCCUGACGUCUUUGCCCACUUUAAGGACUUCACUUCCACCUUUGGACCCCUGGAUAGCCUCAAUACCCGCCUCUUUCUGCAGGGACCCAAAAUUGCAGAGGAGUUUGAGGUGGAACUGGAACGGGGCAAAACGCUGCACAUUAAAGCCUUGGCUAUGAGUGACCUGAACCGGGCCGGCCAGAGGCAAGUCUUCUUUGAGCUCAACGGGCAGCUACGGUCCAUCUUGGUCAAGGACACACAAGCCAUGAAGGAGAUGCACUUCCACCCCAAGGCCCUGAAGGACGUGAAGGGCCAGAUUGGGGCGCCCAUGCCUGGGAAGGUGAUAGACAUCAAGGUGGCAGCAGGAGCCAAGGUGGCCAAGGGCCAGCCCCUGUGUGUGCUCAGUGCCAUGAAGAUGGAGACUGUGGUGACCUCGCCCAUGGAGGGGACUGUCCGCAAGGUCCAUGUGACCAAGGACAUGACACUGGAAGGCGAUGAUCUCAUUCUGGAAAUUGAGUGAUCUUGCCCUAGUCUGGCAGCCUGGUCAUCCCAACCCCAAGCCUCAAUGAAGCUGUGCUGCCAGGGCAGGCACAGGCUAGCAGAUGCCUGAGACAGGAAGACUGACCCUGGAAGUCCUGUCCGCAGCAGGACAGAAGAAACACCGCCUGCAGCUGCCCCUUCCCUUCAGCCGUCUGUCCUCUCCCCACUGGUGGACAGUCACUCACAUACUCAUCUCUUGCCAAAUAGGGGCUCUCUCCUUGCUUGAAGACUACAUGUGGUGGGGCAGUAGUCCUAGCACCUGGUGGAGAGGUUUAGGGGUUCUACCUCUUGGUGGGGAGAAGAUCUAAACUCCAGGUCCUAGAAAACUUGCUCAAUAAAACUGGCUUUCCCAUGCCCUCCACACCGGGUCCUGUGCAGCCCAUCCCACCCCUGGCAUCACUCACCAGAGGGGGCAGAGCUGCUUCUCAAACCCCUCAUGGGCUGGCAGGGGGCAAGUCAGUUGUAUUUUCUUCCUUAGAAAGUACUGAGAGUAACAGUCAUGGCCCUGAUUUAA